AUGGACCGUGCCGAUCUCUUCUCUCGUGGCUCGACGCCUCCCAUUGCUUCCCAGCAACCUCCACAGCCAUUUGUUGGUCCUCCUCCCCAUGAGUCCUCCAACAGUCACAUCGACUCGCUUUUUCACCAGCUUAAUGCCUCUGCUUCAUCUACCGACCAACAGUCUGAGGCGUAUUCCGGUCCCGCGACGCCCAUUACUUCCAACGAUGAGCAAACUCCACAAGCGCCUGCUUCUAUCUCCAGCUCCAAUGCAGAUAGACAAAGUGCCCUUCUAUCACUCCUUGGUGGGGCUCCAGCGACGACAAGAGCUCCUCCAGCAAACCCACAACAAGUCCCAACACCUCCAUCCGCGUCAACGAGAUCAGGUGCAUCGCCAACUCAUAAUGAGACGCAGGGGAAAAUCCUACUCGAGCAGUUAAUGUCUGGGAACCCUCCAGUGACGUCCUAUGCUGAUCCACAACGAGGCGCACCGACAACCGGAGCCGCACCUUCUCCACCGUAUGCGCAGGGUCAGACCAACUAUCGAUCGUACCCGCAUGACGCGUCUCCCGAUUACCAACAGCGCGCUCAAGCACCUGAGCAGCCUCUUCCCCUUCCUCCUGCUCCAGUCCAACCAGCCCAGCAACAAUUGCCUCCUUCGCCUCCGAAAUCCAUGUUCUCGUUUGUUUCUCCAUUUGACGCCCUUUCUGGGUCUGUCAAAAAGAAACCGGUCCCCGCGAGUGUGUCAACAAGUGGUGCUGAAGAAUCGAGCAGUUGGACGAACCUUUCGGAUCCCAAGCGACAGUCUGUGGACAAUCUGUUGGAGCAUCUGACGCGCGGGACAGCGUCACAAAUUUCGGGUCCUCCAGCUUACGAAGCUUACCUUGGAGGAAGCGAUUUCGGCUCGUCUGCAACGGAGUCUUCACGUGCUCCCGUCCCAAUCAUCCCGCAAAAGCCAGUUCCGAAUCGCACGGCUUCACCACGAGGCUCUCCGCCAAAGGCACAUGCUCAACGUGCUCCCGUUGGCCGCGCGGCUGAUUCGCCUUCCGGUCCGCAAGCGACAGUCCAGCAGGCCGGAAACGGGAGUCGAAGAGAGAAGGAAAGCUCGCCAGGACCGCGUGGUGGUUACAGGAAAGAAAUGAGGCAGGCAAAGGGCAAUAAAAACGCCAACCAAAGCCCUAGUCCUCAACCUCAAAAUAUUAUAUUCGACGUUUCUCAACCGCUGGACGAAAUCCAAGCUUCUCGCGACUUUGUCAAACCGACAGCUAUCGCGCUGGUGAAGCAGGAACCUAUUUUCGUGUCUGGUACAACCAUUGGCGCUACUCAUUGGGUGGCAUAUGCCAUGACUAGAGGUCGUGUUCGUGUCAUUUCGCGAUCCAGCGGUGACCGUACCUUGCUUCAACUUCCUGCUGGUACCUUCCCCAGCACAUCUAGUGUAACCGACAUGGCCGUGUAUGGCAAUCGCUUGGCUGGAGUCACUACUGACGGAGGUUUCGUUGUUUGGGAACUUCCAGAGCUCAUCACUGACGAUGUUCCUGGCCAAAUUCUACUUUGUGUGCCUCCAUUAGGCGUUGAUUCGUCUCUCGAUCCCUUACACUCUGUGAAAUGGCACCCGAAGGAGCCUGAUACUCUUGCUGUUGCCUCUCAAAGCAAGCUUUACCUGAUUGAUUUGGGCAACAUCCACUCGUUCCGUGGGAGUCCCAUUCCUCAGGCUGAGUUGCCCCAUAUCGCGCAGUCUUUCAACAUUCCUGCUCCCCUCGUCGCCUUUGACUUCGACAUUAUGCACUAUGCCCUUGCGACCAUUUCAGAGGACUCGACUUUGAUUAUCUGGAAUAUCCACGACAGACUCCCUUACACUACCCACAAGAUCCGCGGGGAGGACAUUCCUUCAUCCAUCACCUACGUCGACAACGGUAUCGUUGUUGGGCGGAAGAACGGGACUAUCCUUCAAUUGCUUUCAAUUACGACUAAAAACGUUCUUUCCACGAUCAAGUUCGUGAAUGGCAAUACGGAAGACCCCGAUAUGUUCGGCCAUGUCAGUUAUGACUCUCGUAUAUCGACUCUUUGGGUGGCGAAUUGUCGUCGGGAGAGCAUGAUUGCACUAAAGCUCCAUCUCGAGUCGUCUAUGGGUCCUGGAGACGAUGCUUUCCGUGGCUACAUUGACCAAGUUGUGGAGUUCCCGGGGCCCAAAUCGACAAUUCAUUUUGUUAUCCUUACUGGCGAUGCUGAUCCGCACGGAGAUGAGGCGCAUGCCGCUUGUGUCGCUGCCAAGGUGCCCGUGGGAGAACUUGCUCUGGUCGCCUUCUCCGUCCAUUCGAGCGGGGUAGACCAGAUUCUGAUUCGCAAGGAGUGGUUCGAUCAAGCAUUGACGUCGGCCACUUCCAAGUACCCGAAUAUGUACCCUCUACCUCCUGUUAUCCCUCAACCCCCACUCGAGCCCAAACCGCGCCCGGCGGUCCAGCCUUCGCUGCCUCCUGCGGUUCCCGUCAACCCCCCGCCACGCAUUAGGACCCCAUCUGACGAUGGUGAAGGGGAAGCUCCACAAGAGAACCGAGGUCAAGAAGGCAAGGGUCGAGGCGGUCGAGGCAAGAACGUCAACUGGAAAGACAAGGACGAGAAGAAUGCGAAGAAUGCAGAUUCGGCAGCUCUAAACAGCGACGUCAACCAGGCUCUUAAUCGUGAAAUCCGCAAGAUGGAGGACAGCCUCCACACACGUAUUGGGCGCUUGAUCGGUAAAGAGAUGGAUAAGCAGAACCAGCGUCUAGAAGAGGCACGCGCCCAUGACCAAUCGGAGGACUUUGCGCGUCAAGAGAAGAUCCUCAAGCUUAUUUCCACAGAGUUAACGCGCAAUACGACACGUGUUGUGGAGAUGGCUGUGAAGAGUGAGGUGCAGACGUCUGUGUUGCCUGCCCUUGAGGCGAUGACCAAGAACGAGGUCAAGACGGCGCUAAACGAACGCGUUAGUUCUGGGUUUGUUGAUAUCGUCAAUCAAAGUCUGCCUCUGGAAAUUGAGAAGCUUCUCCUUCGCCCUGAUAUUUCUGCCCACUUUGCCCACAUGUUGUCGUCGAACUUGACCCCACUGAUCGAUCGUCAUGUCAAGGAGACGGUUAAUAAGGCUCUCAUUCCAGCCUUCUCGCAACAGACGACCGCGAUGCACCAAGAGCUGUUGAGGGAGCUCCGCACUGAUAUUCAUGGGAUCAAGACAGAGCUCACUUCGUGGCAGAGCGAGGCUUUCCGGAGUCAAGAGGCUUCGAUUCGAGAAUUGGAGCAUACCAUUCGUGGUCUGUCAGAGCAAGUCAAAUUCCUGACCAUGAACGCUGGUGCGAUGCAUCAAUACCAGCCACCGCCGCAGCCUGGGGUCCAUAACUCUCCUGGACCCAGUGUUCAGCAUGCCCAGCCUCCCCAUUUGCGGUCGCAGAAUAUUCCCCCUGGCCCUCAGCCACAAAACUAUGGGCCACACUUCCCCCAACAGCAACAGCCUCAACCAGUGAUGCAUGCUGGAUGGUACGGGCCGCCAAUCGCCGCGCCACAGGCCUCCCAUCCAGCAACGUUGCCACAACCUCCGCCACAGCCGACUCAACAAGAAAGGUCGCCACCCAUCAAAGCUGAGCAAUGGGACGAUAUUUAUUUGGGCGUGUUGCACACUCAGGACCCAACGAAGCUCCGCGAGCUACUCUCACACACGAAUCCAGAACUAAUUAUGCCCUUGAACGGGCCGACACUCGUCUCGCAGGCGGUGAUCCUCACACUCGUUGCGCGCUUGUCUGCUGUCCUGUCUGAAACAGCCACCGGUGAUGAGUCGUUUAAAAACACGCUCUGGUGGCUCCAACGAACUGCAGCGCUGCUUCGUCCAGAGGACAAGUUGAUAACCGAUUUUAUUCCGCGGGUGUUGCCUGGUGUGCAGACCUCCCUCAUCGCGACCAAGCAGCGGCUGCCGCUUGUCCAAGGGGGACCCCCGACGCUGGAGAUUGCACGAAGUGUCACGGAUGUUCAGGAGAUUUUACGACGCAAAAUGGGUGCCUAA